ACUGCAUGGGGGCUACGUGGAAUUAUUUUAUUAUUUAGCCGACAUGGUUGCGGCUAUUAACGCGAAAUCCUGCUAAGCCGGCGUUUUAGACUAUUUGGCCAUAUUGACGCGGUGGCCCAUACUGAACCGUUAUGAGCCUCACCACCACCACCCACCACCACCACCUUCCCCAUCUCGUGCCACUCUCUGCAGCAGCCGCCAGGGGUCGCUGUCAUCUAACAGGAGGUGUGCGUGACAUUCACAGCCCAUGCGGAGCUCGGUGUGGGAGGGUUGGUGGGGGGUCUCUGGACACGGGGGUAAGGAGGACGCGGUGCUUGUAACAAGGAUCCUCGUGUCGGCACCGGCGUGGGUGGUGCUGGUGCUGGUCGAGCGCUCGCGUGGUGAAUAAAUCUGUCACGACCAAAUCUCCUGGGUCACGUUCCUCUUGCGACUUCUGCCGCCGCUGCUGCUUGAGAAGGUGGUGGUGGUGACGUCUUCGAAGCGCCGUUUUCAGGAGGCAAUGGAGCAGACGCGCAUCCCCCUUGCUGCUGCUGCUGCAGGUCUGCUACCUACCAGCUCGGCCAUGAGGCAGCCGGUGCAGUGAGGUGGGACCCCCCCCCCAACCCGAGCCUCCACCGCCCCCAAAACCACCCCGCGCCCCCACCCCGGCAUGCGGCACGGGCCCCGGGGACGUGGACAUGGAACCCCGAGGCGGCCUGCAGGCCGAGCCUGGCCCGGGAACCCGAGGCGAGGAAGGGUCCCGCGAGCCGAGCCACGGCGAGAUGGAGCGGUUCCUGAGCGGCGCCCUGGUCGCCUGGGUGAAGACGAUGGGCCCAUUGGCCGAACCCGGCGCCGGCAGCAGCUCCGAGUACCUGGGCCUAGUGGACGGCGUGGUCCUCAACGACUUCAUGCAGCUCAUUGACCCACGUCCAACCAACCAUGUGGCUCACCAGCAAGUCAACGGUGACGUGAGUCUGCGCGUUCAGAACCUGCGGUUCCUGGUGCGCCGCAUCCAAAGCUACUACCAGGAGAUUUUGCAGCAGUGGGUCGUGAUGGCUCUCCCCAGCGUGUUCACCAUCGCCAGGGACCCGUUUACCGAGCAAGGCAUUGACGAGAUGAGGAAGAUCCUGCUGCUGAUGCUGGGGUGUGCCGUGCAGUGCGAGCACAAGGAGGUGUUCAUCGAGAAGAUCACGGAGCUGGACCUGUCCACGCAGGCGAACAUCGUCUCUCACAUCCAGGAGGUGACACAGAACCCGGAGAACGUUCUGGAGAUGCAGUGGUCCGAACUGGAGGAGCUGCCACGAGACGAGCUGCAGGCCGUCACCGGCACCCUGCUGCACCAGCUCCGGAACCUGCUGCGCCAGCGUGACAAAUAUGCCGACGCGAUCGUGGAGCUGCAGCAGGAGCGGGACUCGGCGCAGACGGCGCAGACGGCGGCAGCGUUGUCGCAGGGGCGGCCGGGACCUGGCGCCGGCAUGCGGACCCCGAUCGGCACAGGCACGGAUGCGGCGGUGGCGCUGGACAGCAGACAGCACCUGGCUGUGGAGCUCGCCGACAGCAAAGCCAAGCUGCGUCGCGUGCGCCAGGACCUGGAGGAGCGGAGCGAGGAGCUGCUCGACUGCAGGGCCGAGGCGCAGCAGUUGAGUGCCGAGCUGAAGCGCCUGCAGCACGAGAGCCAGCAGCUGGCGACCGAUGCGCGCUGGGUGCGAGCCUUCCGGGACGAGCGUGACGGGCUGCUGGAGAAGGCAGGGCGCGCCGAGCGGUUCGAGGCGGACGUCGAGCGCCUGCGGGAACGCCUGCAGGACCUGCCGUUCUACAAGGCCCGCGUCGAGGAGCUGCAGGGAGACACGGCCGUGCUGCUGGAGACGCGGGCCGUGCUGGAGCAGCAGCUGGAGGCGGCGAGGGCUCGCUGCGACCGCACGCACGAGCUGGAGAAAGAGCGGCUCGUGCUGCGCUCGCGGCUGCAGGACCUGCACAUGGAAUACGAGGAAAGCCAGAAGCGGCUGGAUGAGGUGCUGGAGGAGAAGCUGCAACUGGAGAUUGCGCAGAAGCGGAGCCUGGAGGAGUCGGCACAACGUAGCAGGGAGCGCCGGCAGACGGGCGGCUCCGAGGACAGCGCCGCCGGCAGGGCGCUGAGCGCCGAGGUGGGCGAGAGCGUGUCGGGCCGCCUCAUCCAGUUGGAGACCGACAACCGGCUGCUGGAGCAGACGGUGUUGGAGCUGCAGCAGGCGCUGGCGUCGCAGAGUCCGGCGGAGCUCGGCGACGCUCGCCCGCGCCGGUCGGCCAGGGAGGAGGCAACCGAGGGGGGCGGCAGCGACGGGCGCCAGCAGCAGGACGCCGGCGAGCAGGACCUGCUGAGAAAGGUGGAGCUGCUGGAGCUGGAGCUGCAGGGCCUGCGCUCGGCCGGAGACCUCAGGGAGGGACUGCUGCAGGAGAAGGUGCAGCUGGAGAGGACGGUGGAGACGGCUCGCGAAGCCAUGGCGAGGAAGGUGCAGCAGCUGGAGGAGGAGAACACUCACCUGCGCGGGACCGUGGCGACGUUGCGAGACGCCAUGAAGGCCGGUGCCGAGGCACGGGCCAGGGACGACGGCGCCACCGAGACGCGCCUGCUGCAGGAGACGCUGGCGGAGACGAGCUUGCGCCUGGGCCAAGCGGAGGCCGAGCGCCGGCGAGCGCUGUCAGACCUCGAGCGCCAACAGGAGCGCGUCGGCGAGCUGGAGGCCGAGGCCCGCAAGACACGGAAGGACACAGAGCAGCUGCAGCGCCGCGCCGCCACGCUCCUGGUGUCGAGCGAGCGCGCACAUGCCAUGGAGCAGGAGAACGCGGCGCUCGCGGCCGAGGUGCGCCGUCUCAAGAAGGUGCUGGACGCGCUGCGCGACCGCGCCGCCGAACUGGAGGCGCUGCGCUCUGAGUGUGCGCAGCUCGAGGACGAAAACCUGCAGCUGAGGCGGGAGGCGGAGGAGCUGCGCGCGGCCAAGGCACGGCUGGCGCUCGUCGAGCUCGAGAAACUGGAGCUGGAGCAGAGCCGGGAGGCGCUGCUGCAGAGCCUGGAGGCGGCGCGGGCCGCGGGGCGCCGGGCCGAGAGGCUCGACGCCAGCGUGCGCGGCCUGCAGGCCGAGGCGCAGGAGCUGCGCGCGGCGCUGGAGGAGUCCGGGCACAAGACUGGCGAGUUGGAGCGCCGGCUGCUAGACGGUGCCGACGAGAGGGAGCGCGCCGAGCGACUGGAGCUGGCGCGUGCGGGACUGGAGGCCGAGCUGGCGCGGGCGGAGCGGGAGGCGCGCGAGUUCGGCAAGGAGAGCCGGCGGCUGCGGCAGCUGCUGGAGGAGCGGGAGGGCACCCUGGAGGAGCGCGCGGCGUUGGCGGCGCGGUCGCAGCGGGAGGCGAGCGAAGCGUCGCUGGAGGCCGCUCGGCUGCGCGAGGCCUGCGCUCGGCUCCAGGAGGUGGAGAGGGAGGCCCGCGACGCCGCCAAGCAGGCCUCCCUUGACGGCACGACCCUUGCCGCCCUGCAGGAGGAGCUGGUGUGUGAAAAACUGAGGUUCCAGCAGCUGAGUGCCGACUUGGAGAGGCUGAAGCAGCAGCGCCAGGAAAUUGGGCCCGAUUCCCGGGAGCGCCGGCAGGGCCAGUGCAGCGGGGAGACGGAGCGUCCUCGUUCACGCGACACUGAGCUGCUGGAGCCUGCAGUUGGUCCGUUGGUGAUCAGGGAGGAGAGCAGCGAGGGCUCAGCGCUGGAGCCGCGAAUGCGGGCGCUGUCCGACACCAACACGCAGCUCCGGGAGGAGCUAAUAUACGUGAAGAAGAGUUACGAGGAUCUGAGGCACCGUGAGGAUGAGCGGCAAACGGAGAGCGGUUCCUCGGGUGGCUGGGAGGGGCAGGAGGCGACGCGGGAGCUGCUCCGAGUCAAGGACCGGCUCAUCGACGUGGAGCGAGCCAACGCGACGCUGCAGGCGGAGCGCCAGGCGCAAUCCGCGCAGUUCCGGCAGCUGGAGACGCAGAACGAUCGCCUGCAGGGCCAGGUCGCUGCCCUGCAGCAGCAGGCCGCCGCCCUGCACGAGCACAACGCCGCCCUGCAAACGCAAAAUGCCAAGCUGCAGGUGGAGGGCUCGGCGCUGAACGCGCAGGCGUCCACGCUGCUGGCGCAGAACGCGCAGCUCCAGGGCGUGCGCUCAGGCCUGGAGAGCGAGCUGGAGGCGCUGGGCCGCGCGCGGGACGAUCUGCGCCGGAACUACGAGGCGCUGCUGCGCGACCACGAGCGGCUGAGCGUCCUGCACGAGCGCCAGGCGUCCGAGUACGAGGCGCUCAUCGCCAAGCACGGCGGCCUCAAGGGCGCCCACCGCACCCUCGAGCUGGCGCACAGGGAGCUCCAGGAGAGGUACAACCAGCUGGAGAGCCAGCGGGGGCAGCUGGAGGAGCUGGAGGGCAGCCUGCACGCGGAGCGCGAGCGCAUGCAGGAGGAGGCGAGCCGCCACGCCUCGCUGCUGCUCGAGCACCGCUGCCUGCGUCUCGAGCACGACAAGCUCUGCUCGGAGCAAGCGCAGCUGGGCAAGGAGCGCGAGGAGCUGCAGGGCGAGCUGCGCGCGAGCACGAGCGCCCUGCACGGCGCCCAGCUGGAGCACGCCAGGCUGCAGUCGGCGCACGCCGAGCUCAAGGAGCAGCACCAGCAGCUCGACAUCGUCAUGGCCAAGUUCUCCAACCAUUGCGAGCUGCUGACUCAACUGAAGGGGAACCUGGAGGAGGAGAACCGGCACCUCCUCCACCAGGUGCAGACCAUGAUGACGCGCAACAAGGAGCUCAUGGACCAGACGAUGGAGAGCAAGGAGCAGUACAUGGAGGAGCAGAAGCAGUACCUGGACAAGCUGAACGAGCUCCGCUGGCAGAAGGACCGGCUGGAGGAGAAGAUCAUGAAUCAGAACAGACUCCCGGACCCCUCCCCGAAACGAAAAGGGAACUGGAUCGACAAGAUGAAGAAGCUCAUCAAGAACAAGAAGGAGGGGCUGAAGGAGAAGGUGCGGUCCCAGCUGGAGCUGUCGGUGCUGUCCGGGGACGCCGUGGACGGAGGUCUCUCUCUGCCCCGGAUCACGCUCGACGACGACCUCGGCGGCGAGAGGCCGAACGCUGGCUGGCAGCGCAAUGUGCCGAUGCGGAGGAACCAGCGCCGUGGCCCUGACGAUGGGACGAAGGUCACAUACCGACGCUCGCAGUCUGUCGGGAAUCUCCUGGAUGGGUUCAGCCAGAAGGGUCUGAACGACGGGGCCCUUUCAUCAGGCUCCGAGGGCCGCUCGGGCGGGAGUGGCCGCUCCGUGGAGGCUUCGUCCCACUUCUCCUACUCCACCGUGUCUCUCAACACCGUGGCCGGCGGUAGCAGCGGCGGCACCUCGCACCGCUCCACCGGCAUCCGGGACAUACUCCCGCCCGCGGAGGAGGCUGAAGAAGAGGCCGCUGGUUGCGUCCGUGCGGGGGAGGCCCAGGGCGUCCGGAUCAGGCCGCGGCGACCGCACGGCAUUGCGUGGAUCGGCGAGCAGGAGGACCCCGACUUCCUGCACUUCAUCGAAGACCUGCGCAUAUCGCUGGGCGAGCAGCCUCCCAGUGAUACAUCGGAGACGUCCAACCGCACCUCGACUACCUCGGCCACCUCCGUGUCCCGUCCUGACAGCGUGGAGCGAGAGGGCAGCCGAGGGAGCAACGUCAACAACAACAACGCAUCGCUGUGGCCCUCGCCGCACGUGGCCUCGGGGAGCGCCUCCAGGGGCACGGCCGGUCCGGGCGGCCCCGGAGGUGGCCACCAAGAGGUGGCGGGGGACGCUCACCACGUCGCCCCUCCUGUGUCGGGUCCCGAUCCCCGGCCGGGGCGACACGAAGCGUGCGGGGGCGCGGCUGCGCGGGGACCGCUGGAGGCCCCGGGGGGCCCGGGCUGGUGGCUGCCGGCACUGGGAGAGAAGGCAAGAUGUGGCCGCUCCCCGGGGAACAAGCGACGCUCUCUGCACGAGUUUCUGCUCGAGCAGAGGCCGUCGCCCCCCGUGCCGCAGAGCGAACGUGGUGCUGCCAGGGAUGGGCACGAGGAGCGGCGGGGAUCGCCGCCCCUGAGCCCCGGGCGCGGUGAAAGGCCGCACUCGGCGAGGGCGCCGCUGCGGGUGCGGCUGGCGCUCUUCAAGACGUGGAGCCUGGAUGGCGCCGACAGGAGGCACCAGCCAGCCGGCGCCACGCCACCGGCGUCUCCGCCUCGCUCUCCGCGGAUGCCGGCGCCCACGGCGGCUCAGCUGCUGGUGGCGCGGGAGCUACCGCACGGGCAGGGCCGCGCCUCUUCGGUCCCCGAGCUCCUGGAGGUGACGGCACGUGCCGCCGGCGGCGGCGGCAGCGACGGCCCCCGGGAGACGGCGUUCGGGUUCCUGAAGCAGCGCGCACGGGCGCGCCAACGAGGGAGGGCCGUGCCGUCCGGCACCAGCAGCUCGGACUCUCCGCCACCCUGACCCCGAUUGCUCCGUGAGCUGGUCACGCCCGAGCCCAGGCAAUGGCAGCGAUCCAGCCGGGUGAUUCCUGGACUUGAGCAGACACUGCCCACCCCCACUGCCAGCCCAGCAUCUCCCCAUGUGCACCGCGGUCGCGUUUCGGCACGUUCUGAAUCAGCGUCGCACAUUCCCUUCGAUGGACUUGAUGACGCUUGCCGAUUUUGCACCCACCAACCUCGUCCUGUUGAAGGAGGCAAAGGCUCGCGCGCGGUACGGCCGUCACGCCUCUCAUUUGAAUCAGUAAGAUUCUCAUUGAACCGCUACUUUGAUCAAAUCUGCAGAUAUCUUGAAGCCAAGAGGCCCCGCUCCGCUGACCUCACCUUUACUCGGCAUAACUAUCUCGUGGCUAAACACCCUAGAUUUAGAUUCAUUAUCGUUACUAUUCAAACACAGCCAUACACAAAAAAAGAAAAUAAGUGCCAUUCCUGCCGGUCGUCGCCCCGAGCAUAUUUCCUGCUGGCACCAGCGAGGGAACCUGCACGGACUGGUAGCGCGAGUGGCGCUGGGCUGCGCCGCCUUGGUGGUGUCUGGCGGUUGCGUUUGCGCCGCGGUGAAAGGAAAAUCGGACAGUGGACUCCGGACGGCCUCGCAACCGCGUGGUGCCACACCGUGUGCCAAAUAAGUCUGGAGCCGCACGCCGCCAUCAUUUCACUUGGCGCACACGCGAGGGCACAGGGCUCACUCCAUUGCUCGUGCGCUGUCGUGUUCAAUUAGUAUUAAGGCAAUGCUUUGCUAGUGAACUGCAAUAUGUAAUUUUUUUACGGUUUCAUCAUUUUUCGUCACGUCAAAUUUUCAGUUUUUACCCAAAAAAGUAAUAAAAAAAAAAUCCCGUCCAAUGUUUGUCAAGAAACAUAGGUUUAGUAUGUUUUUUUUUUUUCGGGUCAAAUUACUGAUUGUUAUUCAGUAUAUACUUAAAUUACAGCAUACACGGGGGGGGUGGUGGGGUUUGGCCACAUUUUAAUUGAAAACAUUGUUUUUGUGGAAAUGUUUAUUAAAAUGUAUCGAUUGUAUUGUUUGACCCGCCUCGUCAGCACUCGCGUUGAAACACGUUCAGCUUUUAUCAACAAAUGACAGAUCGUCCUCGCUGCGUUUCGACAUCACGGAGUAGCACUGAUUUCGGAUUGAUUGGUACCUCAGUCGCAGAGUUAAGUACACUCCUGGAAAAAAUAGUGUCCCAGAAAUAAAAUAUUUAAUUGCC